AUGGCAUCGUCUUCAUCUUCGACCAUCUUCUAUGGCGUCACAGAAGCGGGCCUUCAAAAUCAGAUGAAGCAGACGCCGUUAUCUUCUGAUUGUACUCCCUCCUCAGCGACGCCGUCACCUGCUGUGCCUCAGAAGAAAAAAAGGAACCUGCCAGGAACACCAAGCAAGUAUCUAAAACACAAAAAAUCUUACUAGUAUCGAUCUCAGGACCUUCUCUUCGCAUAUUUACAAGGAAAUCACAUAUAUAUUUUUAUCUGAGCCUUCCGUAGCGUGCUCUUAAUUCCAAAGAGGGUGUUCUCCAAGUUCCCUUAUCAAGACGAUAUUCCAUGUCCACUAAGCCACUGAAUUGGGUAUUUCUUUUGCAAUAGAGGCGCUAUUCAUAGCCUCCUGUGCCCUACGAGAAAAUUCUUUGAUAUUGAAAUGGUUUCCAAUUUACCAAUACACUAAAUUUCAAGCCCCAAGUCAGAAUUAGAAGAUCUGAUUAACUUUUGGGUCUGGUUAAGAUCCACAGUACGCACACAUUUCUUCACACUCAGAUAUAAAUAUGAAUCGAUCGGGCUGAUUGACGAAUUCAUCUGACUCAGUGAUCAAGUGCCACUCCUAUUAUCUUUCACCUAUGUCCAUGAAAUAGCUCAUUAACGCCAUUUUGACUGAUAUAGAUCCUGACGCCGAGGUAAUAGCUCUAUCGCCGAAGACUCUACUGGCAACGAACCGCUUCAUCUGCGAGGUGUGCAAGAAGGGAUUCCAAAGAGAGCAGAACCUGCAGUUGCACCGGAGGGGGCACAACCUGCCAUGGAAGCUUCGGCAGAAGAGCACCACGGAGGUGAAGCGGCGGGUAUACGUGUGUCCGGAGCCCACCUGUGUCCACCACGACCCCUCGCGAGCGCUCGGUGACCUUACGGGCAUCAAGAAGCACUAUUGCCGCAAGCACGGAGAAAAGAAGUGGAAGUGCGACAAGUGCUCCAAGCGCUACGCUGUCCAGUCGGACUGGAAGGCCCACUCCAAGACCUGCGGCACCCGCGAGUACCGAUGCGACUGCGGCACUCUCUUCUCUCGGUAGGCUUCUCACAUCCUUCUCCCGAAGUAUUCCUCCUACGCCGUUUAUCGCCGUAUGUCUCCCUCCUCCUCUCAUUUCCAUGUGUUCAUGUGGGUGCUACAUUUCGUAACGGUAGGAAUUUCAUUAUCGGUUCUGUCGGUGACGUUACGCGUGAGCCUGUUUUGUUGUUUUCUGUUUCCCGAGGUCAGGACUGUAGUUCUCCUCUCGUUUGAGACUGGAAGGAUGAAGAAAGAGGGUGGUUAGGGUUAGGGUUAUGGGUAGCAGGGGUGGUAACGUCUCGAGGACAAAUGCCAGUGUAACUGUGGGACUGUGGAACUGCUCCCACGUGAAUCGUGCCCCGACUUCGGGCCACCGCCGUAGUAUAGCUGAAGCAUGUUGAGAUAUUUCAUAGGAGGGGAAGUGAUAUUUUCAUUUUCGAAAUCAACGCCAAGUUUGCACUUAGACUCCUGACCUCCUCUUCACUUGUGAGUCCCGCCGUAUCCUUUUCUGUUCACGUGCCGCCGUGUAAGGCAAGUUCGCAGCAGGGUUUUCUUCUCCUCUGGGUUGACCACAGUAGAGCAAGCUUGGCGCUCUGCAUUCAAUUCGAGCUCAUCUUUUCAUGAAAACGUUAGUGUUGGGAAGAGAAGAUCUCCCAUCUCUUGUUCCUGGGUUCUUCUGUAAAAGGCUCUCUUUCUCUCUCUCUUUCUCUCUCUCUCUCUCUCUAUCUCUUUCUCUCUCUGUGCCUCUCUCAUUCAUUAAUUGAAUAGAGUUCCACAAAUGUGUUGGCCACGUUGUUAGGGACGGUAGUCUGGGAGCUGUGGGUUCAGCUCUUUGGUUAGAAUCUAUCAGGGGGAUCAUCGAGACACCGGAGAAGCUUAUUCUUUCAAAGUGAUGCAUGGGGAUGAAUGUUCGUUUCAUGUUUCCUGCAAUGGUUCCUCCUCUGCAUUCAUUGCGGAGGGUAGCCAAGAAAAGGCUUCUUGGCCCUGUUCGUUCCAUGAAUGAAUGAAGACAAGGCCCUUUACUGGCUUCCUUUGUUUCUCCUUCAGGAUCUUAAGAUGAAGCAGUCGUUUUCCCUUCCUUUCUUCCUCUCUCCAAGACUGACAACUUUUUUCUGUUUAUACUAUAGUUUUGUAUUCAAGGAAUGAUACUUAUUCCAUGGCUGUGCUUCUUCCUCUACAUGUGCCUUCAUUUCCAUAAUUAGCCCGUUGCUAACGCAGAAGCUCGACGUAAAUCAAGAUAACCCAUGAAUACUUUGUCUUGAUUUUUGCAGGCGAGACAGCUUCAUUACCCACCGAGCGUUCUGCGACGUACUAGCCCAGGAGAGUGCCGUGAUACCCGCUGGGCUGAAUGCGUUAGGGGGGCCCUUAUACGGGGGCAGGAGCAACAUGUCCCUUGGCCUGUCUCAGGUAAACUCCCAAAUCUCUUCUCUCCAGGACUCGACCAGAGCGUCCAGCGACAUCCUCCGGCUUGGAGGCUGUGGCGGUGCUGCCCAAUUCAGCCACCUCUCCUCUCCUCUCGAUACCUCGUCCUCGCGUCAGCAUCAACCAAGUGCUUCUUCUGGGUUCUUCUUCACCGGCUCCAGUCAGGACUUUCUCAAUGGCAAGUCCUGCCAUGGCUUGAUGCAACUUCCGGAACUCCACAACAAUACGGCCACAUCCCCUCCUGCUGUGAGCUCAGCAGCCGCCAGUUUGUUCCAUCUUGGCUUCUUCUCCAACACCAGCAGCAGCACCGGAAGCGUCAGCAAUACGAAUAAUGUCGCUAACCAGGGUAAUCACUUGCUGGUUCCUGAUCAGUAUAGCGACAGCAAUAGGCCCGGAGAGGCACCAUCGUUCUUCGCUGGAAAUCUAGUGGAUGAUCACGUGGCCUCCGCCAUGUCCUCUCUCUAUAACACCUCGUUGCAGAACGGAGGAGUGCUUCCUCAGAUGUCAGCAACCGCUUUACUCCAGAAAGCUUCCCAAAUGGGUGCGACCACGAGUGGCAGCAGACCUUCCUUGCACAGGGGCGUCGGAGUUCCGUCUUCUUUCGUGAACGCUAAACCGAUCAACCUCAAGACCGUUUUUGGUGGCGGCAGCGGUGGAGAGAGCUCACGGAGGCAGAUUGAAAGCGAGACCCAUCUCCAAGAUCUCAUGAACUCUCUAGCAAACGGAAACACUGGUAUGUUUGGCGGUGGCUCUAGAGAAGUAGCGAUGACAUUUGGAGGAAGCUACGGCGGCGGUGGGCAUGGGCAGGACGUCGCUUAUGGUGGGUUCGAUCCGAGUUUAUGUGAUGUCGACGAUGGGAACCUGCACCAUAGCCUACAGUUUGGGAAUGCAGAGGGCUCGGACGGGUUGACCAGGGAUUUCUUGGGGGUCGGCAGAAUGGUGAGGACCAUCCGAGAGGGGAUUUCGCAGAGAGAACAUAACCAUGGCGUGGACAUCAGCCUGUUAGAAUCUGGGAUGAAUUCUUCAUCAGCAAGUAGGUCUUUUGCAGGUGGGAAUCUCCAAUGA